AGCGGCAGCGGCGGGCCGGGCGGCAGUAUGGGCUCACGGAGGGCCCCCAGCCGCGGCUGGGGCGCGGGCGGACGGGCCUGGGCCGGGGGCGACGGCGAGGACGACGGGCCCGUGUGGACCCCCGGCCCUGCCAGCCGCAGCUACCUGCUCAGCGUCCGGCCCGAGACCAGCUUAUCAAGCAGCCGGUUGUCUCUCCCCAGCUCUGGAAGGAGCACCUUCUGCUCCAUCAUUGCUCAGCUCACAGAGGAGACCCAGCCGCUGUUCGAGACCACACUCAAGUCCCGGGCUGUGUCCGAGGACAGCGACGUCAGGUUCACCUGCGUUGUCACAGGAUACCCAGAGCCAGAGGUGACAUGGUAUAAGGAUGACAUGGAGCUGGACCGCUACUGUGGCUUGCCGAAAUACGAGAUCACUCAUCAGGGCAACCGCCACACACUGCAGCUCUACAAGUGUCGAGAAGAAGAUGCCGCCAUCUACCAGGCCUCUGCCCGGAACACCAAGGGCAUCGUGUCCUGCUCGGGCGUCCUGGAGGUGGGCACUAUGACCGAGUACAAGAUCCACCAGCGCUGGUUCGCCAAGCUGAAGCAGAAGGCUGCGGCGAAGAUGCGUGAGAUUGAGCAGAGCUGGAAGCAGGGCAAGGAGGCGGCGGGAGAGGCCGACACCCUGCGCAAGCUCAGCCCUGACCGCUUCCAGCGAAAGCGGCGGCUGAGCGGGGCUGAGGUGCCAGUACCGUCCGCCCCCACCAGGGGAGCUGAGGACAGCACCCCGGCGGCUUGGCAGGAGAGGGGCACUGAGCCUGGUCAGCACCCAGGGUCAGGCCUGAUGAACAGCUUUGCCCCCAGAGAGGUGACCACCAAUGGGGACGCUGCCCCUGAGAACGGGGAGGGCGGGGAGCACGGCCUGUUGACAUACAUCUGUGAGGCCAUGGAGCUGGGGUCUCAGAGACCCCCCAAAAAGGAGUCUGGGGCCAAGAAGAAAAAGAAAGAUGAAGCACGUAAGCCAGGGCUGCGGAAGCCAGAGUUAGAGAAGGCAGCUCGAGGCCACCAUUCUGAAAACUGUGUUCCCACUUCGGACACGCCUGAGUCCUGUGGGGCAGUGGAGCCCAUGGACACGGAGCAGGCUCAGAGCCGUCCCAGAGGCAGGGCUGCUCAGGGGACUGGGGCUGCCAGGGUGGAUGGCACCGGGAAUCCAGCCUCGGCCGUGGGCUCUGCAGACCAGGCCCAGAAUGCCCCAGGCCCAGACCAGGAAGUUUAUUUCUCCCUGAAGGACAUGUAUCUGGAGAGCACCGGGGCAGUCAGGCCUCAGGGGGAGGAGGGGUCCCACACCUCAAGUGGCAGGGCACCGGGAGAGAUGCCCUCAGGCAAGGUGCCCAGAGAGGCCAGAGGUGAGAGGGGGCCUGCUGCCCCUGGCCAGCCCAUGCCCUCUGCCCCCCAGCCGACUAGGCCUUUCAACAGGAAGAGAUUUGCCCCUCCGAAGCCCAAAGAGGAGCCCACCACCAACAGCAAGCCCGAUGCUUCCCCAAGUCAAGCUCCAGAACCCGGAGCCCAGAGCCUGGGGAAGGCCCCACCUCAGGUCUCUGCCCAGGCGCCAACACCUCCUGCUCGGCGGAGGCACAGCCCGCUGCAGGGACAAACAGGCGGCAGGACUCCAGGAGAGGUCUCAGAGACCCAGGCGGCCAGCAGCAGCACUGAUGUAACCUCUGCUGGUGGCAGCACCCCCAGAAGUCAGGGCGUCACUGAGCCCAUGGAUACCAAAACUCAGGAAAGUAGGAGAGCACAUGCUGAUGGGCAACCCGGAGGCAAGAGGAACACAGAGGCAGAUGGGAAGAUGCAGGUGGAUGGCAGGACACGAGGAGAUGGAACCCCGAGGACACAGGCGGAUAGGAAGACACAGGUGAACGUGACACAAGAAAGUGAGAGGCCAGCUUCAGACAGGAGUUCCCCGGCGGAUGUGGUAGCACAGGGAAGGGCAGGGACACAGGUGAAGAGGACACAGGCCGGUGAGAGGACACAGGAAGACAAGGGGAUGCAGUCGGAGAGGGGCAUGCGCACGGCCAUUGAAGGUCAGUCAGGGGAGGAGUCGCUGACCUGCCUCAGCCCACAGCCCGGAGCUCCUGAACGCCCACCUUCAGAGGCUCUCAAGUCUCCUCGGAUUACUGAGUGUUGUGAGCAGGCCCCAGGAAGGUCCUCUGUCCCAGAAAAACCUGGUUUCAUGCUCAGAUCUGAGGAAGCAGCAGUAACAGCCUCCGAGAACCAAGAGGAAACUGUGUUGGGUCCCCUGGCAGGGGGCCUGACACUCCCAGCGCAGCCGCCUCCUGAGGAUGGCUUGGAGCAGACGGGAGGAGAGAAAUGCCGGGGGCCGGAGUGGUCAGGUCCGGUCAGGGACAAGCCGGAGGAUGGCCUGUUCCAGUGCCCCACGGAGGAACACAUGAGGGACGUGCUGUCUGUGGAUCCGGGCUGCUGUGCCCCUGUCGGCCUAGGCCCCGAGGGGCCCUCUCUUCCAGCGACUGGCCUGACUCAUAGCUCACAGCAGGGGCUGCCUAGCACCCCGACUUCUCAGUACGUGAACGCAGCUGCCUUCCUGCCCUCUGGCGAGCACGCCUUGCUCAAUUCUGUCCCCCCACUGCACUUGGGGCUGGGAACCCCCACCCAGAGUCACCCACCAGAAACCAUGGCAGCCAGGAAUGAGGGGGCCUGCACCAAGAUGCCAGAUGUGGAAGGGAGGCCCCCAGACCCCCGGAGCUGUGACCCAGGCCUCAUAGAUUCCCUGAAGAACUACUUGCUUCUGCUGCUGAAGCUUUCCAGCACAGAGACGAGUGGAGCGGGCACGGAGGCCCAGGGUGGAGCUGCCCCCGGAGGCCCAGCGCCCUCGCCCAUGCUGGCCCCCACCGUGGAAGUGGCUGGUCUGAGUCCGCGGACGUCUCGGCGCAUCCUGGAGCGCGUGGAGAACGACCACCUGGUGCAGAGCGCACAGACCCUGCUGCUCAGCCCCUGUACCUCCCGCCGCCUCACCGGCCUCCUGGACCAAGAGGUGCAGGCUGGCCGUCAGGCUCUGGCUGCUGCCCGGCGCCCCAGCCCCAGUCCCAGCCCCCUCACCGUCCCGGCCAUUGUGGUAGGUGAGGAGGAGGGCCCUGGGCUGGCGUCAGAAGGGCCCGGUGAGGGUGAGAGAGAGGCCCCCCUUGAGGGGCCUGGCCUCCUGGGCACCUCCCAGGAGAGCAGCGUGGGGUGUCAGCUGGGGGAGGCAGGUGGUCAGGCCACCUCUGGUCAGGGCCCUCUGUCAGCAGAGAGCAGAGCCCAGGAACCCUUCCGGGAGGAGGAGGGCCCAGGGGAGGCGCUGCCAGGUCUGCCCGCAGCUACCCCCGAGGAGCUAGCUCUGGGGGCCCGGAGGAAGAGGCUUCUCCCUAAGGUCAGAGCAGCAGGAGACGGGGAGGUAGCCAAGCCUGAAGAAAAGGAGAGCCCCACGCUUUCCCCCCGAGGGCCCAGGAAUGGCCUUUCGCCUGGGUCCCCCGGGCCUCCAGGGCGGGAGAAACGCUCCCCUACCCAGGGCCGAAAGGCAGGCCUGCUAGAGGUACCGCAGGCAGUGGAGGAGCCGGCAGCAGAAGACCCGGCCUCCAACCCCAAGGCCAGUGGGCAGAACGCAGAGCUGGCCCUGGACGAAGGCAAGCAGGAAGCUCCAGCCAAACCGAGGAACGCCAAAGAAGACCUGCUAAAAGCCCCACAGGUGAUCCGGAAGAUUCGGGUGGAGCAGUUUCCUGAUGCCUCGGGAAGCCUGAAGCUCUGGUGCCAGUUUUUCAACAUUCUCAGUGAUUCAGUCUUGACAUGGGCCAAGGACCAGCGCCCAGUGGGCGAGGUGGCAAGGAGUGCAGGGGACGAGGGGCCGGCGGCCUUGGCCAUCGUGCAGGCGUCCCCCGUGGACUGCGGCACGUACCGAUGCACCAUCCACAACAAGCAUGGCUCGGCCUCCACUGACUUCUGCCUCAGCCCCGAAGUGCUGUCAGGAUUCAUCUGCAGAGAAGAAGGGGAAGUUGGAGAGGAGAUUGAGAUGACCCCCAUGGUGUUUGCUAAGGGUCUGGCUGAUUCUGGCUGCUGGGGGGACAAGCUGUUUGGGCGCCUGGUGAGCGAGGAGCUACGAGGGGGUGGACGUGGGCACGGCCUUCGGAAGGCCUCCCAGGCCAAGGUCAUCUACGGGCUGGAGCCCAUCUUCGAGUCGGGCCGCACGUGCGUCAUCAAGGUGUCCAGCCUGCUGGUGUUCGGGCCCAGCAGCGAGACUUCUCUCGUGGGCAGAAACUACGAUGUCACCAUUCAGGGGUGCAAGAUCCAGAACAUGAGUCGGGAGUACUGCAAAAUCUUUGCAGCGGAAGCCCGGGCCGCGCCUGGCUUUGGGGAGGUCCCUGAGAUCAUCCCGCUGUACCUGAUCUACCGGCCUGCAAACAAUAUCCCCUACGCUACCCUGGAGGAAGACCUGGGCAAGCCCCUGGAGCCUUACUGCUCCCGGGAAUGGGGCCGUGCUGCGGCGCCAGCAGCAGCCAGCAGCUCCGAAGCCAUGCAGAAAUGCCAGACCUUCCAGCACUGGCUGUUCCUGUGGACGAAUGGCAGCUUCCUGGUCACAGAUGUGGCAGGGGUUGGCUGGAAGAUGACUGAUGUGCAGAUCGCCACCAAGCUGCGAGGAUACCAAGGCCUGAAGGAGAGCUGUCUCCCGGCCCUGCUGGACCAGUUUGCCUCCUCCCACCAGUGCAACACCUUCUGUGAGAUGCUGGGGUUGAAGCCCCUCAAGGGCCCCGAGGCUGCCCACCCCCAGGCCAAGGCCAAAGGCUCCAAGAGUCCAUCUGCUGGCAGGAAGGGCCCCCAGCUGAGUCCUCAGCCCCAGAAGAAAGGCCUCCCCAGUCCCCAGGGCGCCCGGAGGAGCGCCCCAAGCUCCAAGGCCACUCCUCAGACCUCAGGGACGGUUGCCACCGAGUUAUUGGGGCAGCCUCCCAUCCAAGAGGGGGGCUCCAAGGCCCAGGGCACGCGGUAGCCCCCACAGGAGGAACAAGGAAGCAGCUUGAACGAUGGAGACUUUCCCCAAACAGACUAACUGGAGAAGGUGCACUGAGGAGGCGCCGCUUGGGGCCUCUCUGCGUAGCCUCUCGUCGGUCAGCUCCUCAAUCAGGCGGCUUUGGUGCCUGGCACACAGCUCUGUGGCCUCUCCUGGUGCCAUGUCACCCGGGGCUCCCCGGCCCCCCCUCAAGGGCCCUGGGGGCUGAGACCCUCCUUGAAGUUUACACUGGCCACUGCUGGAUGCUCCCUGAGUCCUCUGCAUGAGCUCUGCACCCCGACCCCUUGCCCCAGCCAGAUCUGUCAUGGAUGGUGUCCCCUGGGGCAUGCAAGCCAGCACGUACCCUCUGCCCUUUGCUUCGCCCUGGCCUAUCCCUGUCCUUGGGCUCCAGACUUCCUCAGCUGGGCCUGGCCCAGUGACUCUCAGGGUGUCUUCUCCUUCUGGCUACUCUGCCUCAUUCAUCCAGCUUGCCCUGCAACUAACUUGUCCAUGAGCCCACAUGGGGCUCAGGGCUCUUCCAGAACCUGUUAUGUCCUUGUGUGGUGGCCUUUGGGGACGCGUGUUCUUGCUCUUCUUUCCCCCAUCACUCAGGCCCUCACUCACCUACUUCCCAGGCUUCCUGGCACCCCGCCCCCCACCCCCCAUCCCUGGCCUUGAGCCUCGUUGCAGCCUGCUGCCUGCCCCUCCCUGACUCUGCUUGUCCCCUUGUCCGCUGGCUGCCCUAGCCUGACCCAGCACCCUCCCCCCCAGGCCCCAGGUGAGGAGCAGACCCUCUGGCCUCUAGCGCACCUGUCUAUCCUCCCUUAUGCUCCAUGCCCCUGCCCGUGAGCUGAGAACUGGCGUGAGGGUCGUGUCAGCAGCUGUGGCCAGAGGGAAUGUAUGGCCUUUGCUACACCAAGUGCUCAGCUCUGAAAGGAGCUGGGGGCGUGUGAAUUUCACAUCCCCUCUCGACCAGGGCUGGAGGGCUGGGAGUCUUCUCACAGGGGAGUAAUAUGGGAGUUCUAGGAAGGACGUAAGCCAUCCCCGCAUUGGGGUCAAGGGCUGUGUCUGUGGCUGGGACUUAGGACCCCUGCUCCCCGCCGUUAGCUCUGAUCCUGGGUCUCCAGCUCUGGGGCCUCAUAUGUGGGCUCCCAAGGAAUUGCUGUGCCGGGCACCCUGGGUCCUUCCCGAAAGCCCGUCCUGGAGGCCCUGCAUGGGGUGGGUCUGGAGCUAGCCUGUUCCCCUUGGAAUGCAAUAAAGGCAGCAACUGUGUUUCCUUUUCACCCUCAUCUGCUGUGGUUGUAAGUGUGUGCACUCAGGGUCCCCUCUCCCCAGGAGCUUCUCCAUGGCCACCUCCAGUCCUCGGGCCCACUGGAAAAAAUGAAUCCCUGUUUUGGCUCCUGGAUUGACGUUCAGUCUCAGCUUUCUGUGGCCACAGCUAGAUAGUCCGUGCUUCUUGUACAGUGGGCCGAUGGCUUGUGCCCCGUAGCAGGGUAUCUGGGGACUGGGGCCCAGACUGGACUUGUUCCUUCAUUUGGGAGAGGAACACGAAGGAACCCAGCAGGGGGCUCAGGCGAAACACCGGUUCCUGGCUGCCCCUCUGCCACUCACUGACUGACCAUUUCCUGCCUCCCGAACAGUAGAGAGGCUUCUCAUUUCCAGCCCCCCGCCCCAGCGCCUUUCCUUGCCUGUCAUUUACCACCUCCAUGUUAAGAUUUCUGACUUCUCUACCUCCUGUCGUGCUCAAGUGACUCUCCUCACUUUUCCCUCUUGUCCCAACGUGCCCCCAACUUUUCCAGCCUGCCUAUCCUGAUAACCUUGGUAAACUAGAGCUGAAAUAUUG